AUGCAGGCGGUGCAGAUCCCUGCCGAGGUGGAUGCUAUCCGCUCGCUCAGUUGUGAACACUACUAUGCGCUGCACCCUGCGUCGCCGGAGGCACGGUCGUGCCUUGAACCAGCUGUUGAGCGCCACUUUAGUACGAUCACCACGCAGGUGACAUUCUCCGUCGUCCUGGCCAACAUUCUCAGCAUGCUCGUGUACGGGCGACUCUUUCAGCACCGCGCGCGCCGCUGGAUGGCCGCCGCAGGUCUUUGUGGAUGUGCGAUUGCGCGGAUCCCUUUCCUUGUGCUCCCGAUGUACCAGUUUCCACACCUUGCCCCAGACGAGGUGCGCACCAUCUCGCCCCGCGCCAUGCUUGCGAUCUACUGGGGCUGCGCGGUGCUAGGCGGUCUUUCUGGGUCAAAUGAGAUUGUGACUCUCUCUGUCGAGUCGUUUAUGGUUGAUAAAACGAGCCCAAAUGAGCGCUCCAACCUGUUCCGCCUUGUGCAGGUGGCCCAACUGCUGGGCGCCUCAGCCGGUCCGAUCCUCGGCUCACUGGCGACAUGGUGGAUGCCGUUUGCUCAUAACCGAUGCCUUGGAUACCGGACAUGCCAGCCUGCACACGCGACAGACACACUGCUCUUCAACAAUGCACCAUACUGGGUGUCCCUAGGCUUUGUGCUGCUGGGUCUCUUGUGGGCACUCUUUGUGAUGGACGUGCGCCGCGAGAAGCCGGACGAUGACGAGCACGACAGCCUGUCGCGCGAGGCGCAAAGCCCCACGCAGUCGCGUGGGCAACCCAAGCUCAACUACCGCUGGCUCGGCGUGUUCCAGCGCCUCGUGCCCAUGCGCAUCAGUCGCUGGUCGUACGAUGCGCGUAUCGCAGAGCUGACGGCAGCCGACAUGUGUGUGGCCUUCUCGACCGAAGGGCCCGUGGUUCUGAUCCUAGUUCUUGGCUUUGUAUUCCACUGGGACCGCGCCUUGCUAUCCUUUGGCUUGGGCCUCACCAAUGCACUCAAGCUCGUUACCAUGGCCGUUGUACUGCCACUCAGCCUGCAUGCUAUUGCCCGCGUCUGUGCACGCCCUAGCGCCAUCGCUGACCUCACAGACGAGCAACUGCAUACGUGUGUGGAUCUCAACGAAGAAGAGCUGCGCAAGCCCCAUGGCGGCUCUACACGCGAGCCCACUCGGCAAGCGCAGGUGCUUGAGAGUGUGUCGCAGGACCAGCGCAGAAUGGCACGCCUCUGGCGUGCGCAAGUGGAUUUGGACGCAUCCUGUCUCAGUUUUGGCAUCAAUUUGCUCUCAUGGUCGAUCAUCGCCGUGUCCCUCGAGCAGAAGAGCCAGGCACUCGUGAUCUUUGGUGCGGUUCUUCUUACAACAGGGACCGGCGCACAGGCAUUGCUGCGCAGCGCAGCUAGCACUAUGGCUGAUCGAAUCGUCGAGCAGCAGGAGCAACAGCUCAUAUCUCUCACGGACGCAACAGGGGAGCAGGACCCCCUGCCCCGUGGCUCAGACAGCUAUCUGGUGAUCGUAUCGACCUUGCUGCUCCCCUGCCUGCUGAUGGGCCUUGUCAUUCGAAACUAUAUCUAUACAAACACCGUGGCCACACAUCCCGGUAUGUUUUUCGCAUGGAUGGCCAUUGUGAAUGGCUUUGCACUGCUGCUCUUAUGUAACAUACGUCCCGUUACGUAG